AUGGAGGAAUGGUUGAGCAGACCAUGGGCGAGGGCGUCUUAUAGAACGUCGCAGGUGCUCACCGGGCAUGGAUGCUUCGGUGGGUACCUGCGACGCAUAGGCAAAGAGGCGGCAGCAUGCUGUCACCAUUGUGAGGAGGAGGUCGACGACGCUCAGCACACGCUGGAGGCGUGCCCGGCGUGGGCUGAGCAGCGAAACGCAUUGAGAGGGGUAGUAGGUGACGACCUCUCGCUGGAGGCGAUUGUGGGGAGAAUAGUCCACAACGAGGAAGCGUGGAACGCGUUCUCCGCAUAUUGCGAGGGGGUAUUGCUCCGCAAGGAAGAAGCGGAGCGCAUCCGGAGGGGGGAGAUGAACCCCCGGGAUGACCAGGGCGGGGCUGGCGUACGCGGAAGAAGAAGGAGAGGAAGGCCAGCCCACCUUAGAAGAUGGUAG